AUGACUGCCCCCCAGAUAUCGGCGAGAUAUUCCACGCACGCGUUCGCCUCCACGUCUCGUGCUUUCUCUUCUCCUAAGCUCAAAAGUCGUUGUUGUUCUCAUCGUCGUCUAAAUCGUCGUCGUUUAAAGAGAGAUGGAGAGUUUUGCUGCGCUUCUUCAUCAGACACCGGGGAGACGAUAAGCGAGAAUGGGUCGGCGAAACCGUCCGAAGCGUCGCCGUUUCCACUGCUGUCGUUCGCAAACGACUCUGCGCGAGAACAACUUUUGUCGUCAUCGUCGUACACGCACGUUUCUCCUGGCGUGUGCGAUGCGCACGCCUCGGACGUGGCCAUUCGCGCCGCGUGGGUGGUUCUGUUGAGAAGUCAACACCCGUCUCACAGGGCGAACGCGAAACGGACGAAGGAUAUGUUUCACCAGGAGGACGAGAGUUUUCUGGAGAGGUAUCACGAGUGGGAGAGAAAAUACGAUAUGUUUUUAUCGAGCGUAGAGAGCGAUGCGUAUCAAGGCGGGACGUUGUUGAACGUGGUCAGCGAGAAGGAGAAGUUGUUGCGGGAAUACGGGUUGCCGGAUUUGUUUCGCGCGGUGAAAGCGUCGGAGAACGCGCUGUGCUCGGACGUUUUGUUUCAAUCGUUGAGAGAUGACGUGGAUAAUUCGGAGGAUUCGUUGAAAUCUGCGAUUGAAAUCGCGUUGGCGGGGAACUUGUUCGAUGCUGGAGCGGCGCAGGCGGUGCAAAACGUCGUCGGCGGGAGCUCGUUUAAAGGAGAUUCGAAUAAGUUUGCGUUUAAGAACAGCGAGGAUUUACAGUUUGCGUUUGAGGCAUCGAGGAAACGAGUGAGAAAUAGCGAGUGGUUGUGUGACGAUUUGGAUGAGUUGCGAGCGAACGAGUACGACCGCGUGUGCGUGUUUUGCGAUAACGCCGGCGCGGACGUCUUAGGGAUGACGCUAUUAGCGAGAGAAUUGGCCAAAAGAACUAAAGGCGCGAAAGUCGCGUUGGUCGCGAACGAAUUGGCCGCGCUGAAUGACGUCACCAUCAACGAACUCGAAGAGUUUUACCGGGUGUGCGAAGAACACGACCCAGAGUAUUUACAACUGUACCGCGAAAACGGCAAAAUCGCCCUCCUCUCCUCCGGCCAAGCGUCCACGUUACUCAACUUGAACGCCACCGGCAAAGAUAUCAACGAUUGGGUCAAGCGCGAAGAUACAGUCGGUGGAGUCGACAUGGAAGGUAAAAAGCUGAAGUGGCUCGUCGUUUUAGAUGGCAUGGGCCGCUCCUUAGAAUCGAACUGGGAGUGCGGCAAAUACGUGCAACCGCACGUGGACGUCUUGAACUUGGCGAUGGUGAAAUCUGAAAUCAACGCCAAGAGGUUAGGCGCGAACGUAUACGACUGCGUCUGUAAGUUGUCCAACAGCAGAUAA